AUGUACAAACACUCGCUUUUGGGGUGCGCUGCACUCCUCUUCCCUGCCUUGACGGCCGCCGCUCCCUCUCUCAUCGAGAAGCGUCAAGACUGUGUCUUCGACUCUGCCACCAACCCUUCCUGCUGGGAUGGCACCUACGAUCUCAACACCAACUGGUACGAGGAGGCUCCCAACACCGGAGUCAUCCGUGAGUACUGGUUCGACAUUACCAACACCACCGCCGCUCCCGACGGUGUCGAGCGCAUCGUCCUCGCCGUCAACGGAUCCGUUCCUGGCCCUACCAUCAUUGCUGACUGGGGUGACACUGUCGUCGUUCACGUGAGAAACUCCAUGCAGAACAACGGCACAUCUCUUCACUUCCACGGUAUCCGCCAGAACUACACCAACGAGGCCGACGGUGUUGCUUCCAUCACUCAGUGCCCGACUGCUCCCGGCGACUCCAUCACCUACACUUGGCACGCGUCUCAGUAUGGCUCUUCUUGGUACCACAGCCACUUUGCCCUCCAGGCCUGGAACGGUCUCUUCGGUGGUAUCAUUGUCAACGGCCCUGCUUCCGCCCCCUACGACGAAGAUCUCGGCACCAUCAUGCUCAGCGAUUGGUUCCACCAGACCAGUGACGAGCUCUACCCCACCGCAGCCACCAACGGUCCCCCUACCGCCAACACCGGUCUGAUCAACGGCACGGGCAUGUACAACGGCGGCGGCUCCCGCUUCACCACCAACUUUGAGGCUGGAAAGUCCUACCGCAUGCGCCUGGUCAACGGUGCCAUCGACACCAUGUGGAAGUUCAUGAUUGACAACCACACCCUGGAGGUCAUCUCUGCCGAUUUCGUCCCCAUCAACCCUUACAACACCUCCAGCAUCUCCAUCGGUAUCGGCCAGCGCUACGAUGUCAUCGUUCGUGCCAACCAGGCUACUGACAACUACUGGCUGCGCGCCGUCCCCGAGCUCACCUGCUCUUCCAACGAGAACACCCUCGACAUCAAGGGCAUCGUCCGCUACGACUCCUCCUCCACCGCCGACCCCACCACCGAGAUCGGCACCUACAUGGACAACUGCCUGGACGAGUCCAUGUCUGACCUGGUCCCUGUUGUUGCUAUCGAGGCCGGCCAGCAGACUUACGAUGAUACCCUCACUGUCGGUCUCCAGGUUGUCAGCAGCCAGUUCAAGUGGACCCUGAACAACAGCACCUUCCUUUCCGACUGGGGCUACCCUACUGUUGAGCAAGUCAUCGACGGCAACGACACCUACUCCACCCAGCAGAACAUCGUUCACCUCGACCAAGCCAACGUCUGGGUUCACUUCAUCAUCCAGAACCCCAUUGGUCUCGCCCACCCCAUCCAUCUCCACGGUCACGACUUCUGGAUUCUUGCCCAGGCCACCGGCACCUACGACUCUUCCGUCACUCUGCAGACCACCAACGCUCCCCGCCGCGAUGUCGCCAUGCUUCCCGCCUCUGGCUACCUCGUCAUUGGUUUCUACACUGACAACCCGGGCACCUGGCUCAUGCACUGCCACAUCGGCUGGCACACUUCCCUCGGCUUCGCCCUCCAGCUCAUCGAGCGCCCCGACGAGAUCGGCGCCCUCUACAACCAGGACACCCUCAACAGCACUUGCGCCAACUGGAACGCCUACGCCCUCGAGGACUCCGUCCACCAGGAGGACUCUGGUGUCUAA